GAACAAAUCACCUGGAUUUCAGAACUGAACAGGAUGUCACAAAUUUGAGACAAAGAUUGCCGCACUGACAUGAGUGUACCAAAACCCGAGAUUCAACAGUAGAGAGAGAGACGAGGUUUGUAUAGAAAUAUGGUAUCGUUCGUGCGUUCCUUAUUAAGUCAAGUUAUAGCAAAACUCGGCAUCGAGAUCGACCACGCAGUCCUUCCUGCAAUCGAUUGGCAACUGGUGUUUGGGCUGCUGCUGGUUAGCGUUUUGUGGGGCUGCACUACACCUUUCAUCCGCUUAGCAGCAGCGCAGCGAGCCAGGGACGAGAGACCAGGUUCUCGCAAAAAUGUUUCACGAGGAGCCUCCACCAGUAAAAGCCGACGAGGUAGUUUUGACCACGCGGCUCCUGAUGAAUCAAAUGAGCGAGCACGAAUGUUGAAAAUAUCGAAUAGUGACGAACAAAAGCAAGAAAACGAUUCUCGAGAGCAGGAGCCAGUUGUCUUCACAUUUCGUGAAUUAUUGCGCAUUCUUCUGGAUAUACGAUUUUACGUCCCGUAUGUGCUUAAUCAGACUGGCUCCUUGGUUUACUAUUUCCUAUUGGCUGACUACGAUGUGGCAUUGAUGGUACCUGCCGCUAACGGCCUCGCGCUCGUGGCAACAACAGGUACAGAAAUCUUCCUCGAGGAAUAUAGUCAGGGACAACUACUACCACUGCGAACCAAGAAGAUAUCAACCAGGUCAACAAGUACGCAGAAAAGCAGCCCUGGCACUGGCAGGGUCCGCUCGAAAGCUGAAGGCAGUGAAGCGACGAUUGCGGCUGGUGCAAGAAGAUCAAGAAAAAUGAACUGGAAGAGGCAGCUUCUUGGCGUUACCUGCAUUCUCUGCGGCUUCACGUUAUGCUGUAUAUUUGGCGCGGUGGGCGGUACAAAGACAACGAACCUGACGCUGAAGCGAGAGCAAUGAAGUCCGCAAUCCCUUCUAAUCAACUGUCGAGAUGCAUUAACAACCUGUCGCUUUCGAGUUCGCUUCCCACAGUGACCGCGCUGCAAGGUCCAGUAAAAACGCUACCGUCACGCUCGUUUUUAUUGUGACUCUUCUAUUCUAAUUCUUGAAGAAUGAUCGACAACGACACAAUCGUUUCCAUUUGAUUCGCAUGUCGCUUUCACGUUGAGGAAGACCUCAGAGAGACUCCUCCUCAGAGAGAUCCGGGGAUGUGCGCGAAGAGAAGAGAGCAAGCGCGCCUCCUUGUCCGAUCGUGCUUGCGUUGUCAGUGUUGACUGUUGGCUCGAAUUUUUCGAUUCCGUGCUCGAUAAAAAGCAUCAAACGGAAACGGCCUUGUUGCUAUGAAAGACUAGAGAAUGAAACGUACGAGGUCACGAAAACUUUUAAACAAAAAUAUGAUUCAUAUUCAUAUUAUGUUGGACCACAAGAACACAGGCCUCCGCGCCAGGUUCGCUUCUCAGUGGAAACGCAAUGUCUGCAUCUUGAACG